UGCGAGAUGGUUAGUGCACUGUGCGCUGACCCGCUCCCUCCUGCCGGGCUUCUCGCCAAGCCUUUCACACACUUGCCGAGUGGAAAUAUACCUGUGUCGAGUUCUAAGUUCCUUGACCUUGUCGUUGGAGAGUGGGGUAGUCGUGGAGGCUAGUUCCACUUUGCGGUUUUCGUUUCAUAGUUGGGUCCCCGGGGCGUGAUUGGGCUCAGUACCGACAAAGCGGAUUCUGGAAGUAUCGGUGUCUGGACUAGCGCACGAUGAAGCUGUGGAGGGGUUUGGUGCUGGUGGUGGCCUAGCACUGGAGUGUUGGGGGCGAGUAUUAGGAUAUUUUUCCGUAUUGCACCCUGUACCAAGAUCAUCCAAACCGUCACGUCCUCAGUCUAAGGAGGUUGCAACUUACAAGUCUUGUGAAUGAUUUGGUGCACGAUGAGUGCGUGUGGGUGGAGGAUGGGCCAAAUUUCUUCAAUGUGCCCUGGGAGGUUACGCAGCGACAACCGUAGGCAUGGACUCGGAGACAACAGGUUCCAGGGGAUAUACGGCUUGCCCGAACCACUUGCAGAAACUCUGGGAAUAUUGUUGUAGCAGCAGACCCCGCCCACCCGCUUAUGCCGCAUCAGGCUACUAGAUUGGCAUCUUGCAAUCGGGGUGUGUAUACGAGUCUUUCAACAAGAUGGCAGACGGGGACUUAGCCUCGAUCUUCCGCCAGCAUACUCAGCCAGUUUCGGAUCCUUGGGGGGUCGCCGUCCCGCAGCACCAGCUUUCCCACUUUCAACAGAUGCCGCAGACGUUGCAGGACACCGACAAUGUGCGGUGGGAUUACCCGAACUCAUUGUCGCCGCAAUCUCCGUUCGAUAUCCAGGAUCACAACUCAAAUUUUAGCACUAGAAUGUUGCAGUCGAAGGUAGGAUCGUACAACCACAGUUACUCUUCUCUCCGCCCCUCGACAAUUCCUCCGCAAAGCCACCUUCAGUUCUCUACAAUAUCUCCGCAACUGGUGGAACCUGUUCAGUCGCUGCAAUCGCAGACGCUCUCUGGUAACAAGCGGGACUUCCAGGGGUCGAGUUUUCAGGUGCAAAAUAAGCAGCCUACUCGGAGUGCCGGGAGAAACAUAUACAGCGAGGUUGUUACAAGUACCUCUCCAGUUGGGCAGGAGAAUCUGGUCACCGUGAGUCAUCACCAGUCUCAAUUUUCUGGGAACAAUUAUAAUAUCAGUCAUGGUCAGCCGUCGACGUGGCCGACAGCCCCAACGGGCUGCAAAGUCGGCGAGCUCGCCACGGAGUUACAACCUGAGAUACUGGGAGAUUUACGACCGGGACCGGGGUAUCUCGCAGAUCAUUACCCUGGGCGUUUGCUGCAGAGUGGUCAAGCUUACAACCAGAAUCAAAACCUGGGACCUCAAGGAAACCCUAAUGAUUUGCCGUCCGGAUCUGGGACUUUGUCGUCGUCGUUGCAGCAGAAUUUCCCUGGUGAUGACGGAAUGAUCAGAGUUCUUGACACGGCUUGUAGUAGACGGAAUCAGCAAACUUCUGCAACUGGAUUACAGCUCGUGCACCUCUUGCUCUUAUGCGCCGAAGCCAUUUCCAACCAGCAGAUGGACCUGGCACAUGUGGUGUUGACGCGGCUCAAUGCGAUGCUGGUUCCUUGCACUUCUACCAUGCAGCGUCUCGCCGCUGUGUUUGUGGAUGCCCUUCAUGCGAGGAUCACGAAUUCGGCCACUACUGGACGUUACAAGGGGCUGGAGAGGGAUAACGAUGUUGCAAUCCUGGAUAUGUUGCAGUCUUUCAGUGUGAUUUACGACCAUACCCCUUUCAUAAAACUCCCGCACCUGACGUUGAAUCAGAUUAUUCUCGACGCGGUCGAAGGCGAGCCUCAUGUCCACGUGAUAGAUCUGAACACGGGAUGGCGGGGUAUGCAGUGGCCAGGUUUCAUUCAAGCUCUAGCGUUGCGGCCCGGGGGGCCGCCCAAGCUAAGGAUCACCGCCAUUGGAAAAGCCGAUGACCUCGAGCAUUCUAGGGAGAAGCUGCAGGAUUACGCUCGCCAUUUGCAGGUGCCCUUUGAGUUCUGCCCGCUCGUUGUGGACAUGAAGUCCUUCGACGUGCGCUUGUUGGAUAUGCGAGACUGGGAAGUGGUCUGCAUCAACAGCGCCAACCAGUUCCACCAGCUGCUGAUCUGGGGGGACGAGUGCUUUCAUAAAUUCUUGUGCGAUCUGAAGUCGCUGAAUCCCCGAGUGCUAGCAUUCACAGAAAACGAUGCGGAUCAUAACAGCCCCAAGUUCCUCAACCGCUUCUUCGAGUGCUUGCGUUACUACUCCGCAGUCUACGAUGCUCUGGACUCCUCUCUUCCCAACGGUUCCGCAGCUCUCCAACAAGUGGAGCAUCUCUUCACUGGGCAAAAGAUUCGCAAUAUCGUGGCUAUGGAGGGCGAAGAUCGGAUAACUCGGCAUGAAAGUUUAACUAGUUGGUCCCGGCGGAUGGAAAUGGCGGGAUUCCGGCCUGUACCCGUUAGCAGCCGGGCCAUCAGCCAGGCAGGGCUGCUGCUCCGCAUGUAUUUUGCUCAGAGCGGUUACACUCUGCGAACAGAAAAUGGCAAUGUGUCCCUUGGUUGGGACAACAUGUCACUGGUGGGCGCAAGCGCUUGGCGGGCGUGAAUAUUCAUGCUGAGAUCGACUGCCUGCUCUCAGUGUACAUAAGUCAAAUCGAAAUAUUUCCUUUCCUGGUAGCCAAGUACUUAGACGCUUAAGUUUGUGGCUUUCUGAUCCAUCCCGAUCCGGGGGCGAGCUUUCGAGGUGCUUUGGUUAUUGAAUUGUGGACGGUGAUGCACCCGUUGCCAUGAAUUACACAACACGAGAGAGAAAUCAGAUACGAAUUUUUAUAUUUAAUUUGUACAGUUUACAUUGCUGCAACUGUGCAUACUGCGAGUCCUGAUCGCCACUUAGCUUCAGAAGUCACUGUGAUGCUGGUCUUUGGGGUCGUGUUGAUUAGUUUGUUGACACGACCUCGGUUGUAAGUCUAUCGAUCAGAACUCCUAGCUAGUUCAGAGGAUCUUGUUGCAGACGUUUUGUAUCCAUUUAGCUUGUUUCAUAGUGGUGUCGAUUGAUCGAUACACCGCAUUGCCCUGCUGUCAUUCGACCUUCGCACCUUGCCCCAAGCUGCAACUAAUCUCUGAUCUUUUAUGUUUAUUUGGAAAAAAAAGCUAGGUCACAAUCUUCUAGCUAUCUACAUUAGCCUGUGAGCCGCAUACGUUUAUGUCGCUCACAGUGUGAAUGUGAGCCUCUUCCACCUAUUAGAUGAUAGAUAGGACUGGGCUUGUUUUCAUAUACAGGGUUGUCGACGUCAAGAGAUGGUACGAAUCUAAGAGCUGAGAUUCUUGGAUCAGUGAAGUUUUUUCUAUGACAUGUCGACCUGUCCCCACAUGUGGGAUCGGUGUCAUUUUACAGCAUAAA